AUGGACCCAAGUAUAUGGCUCUCGUCCCUCGUUACGGCCCUCAAAGCACAUCCUACCAAUCGUCUCUAUCUCCACGGCUUCGAUAUCUCCUCAGCCCAGUACCCAUUCUAUAAGGAUAUUGCACCCACUCAUGAACUACACCUCUCCACUCAUGACAUGCGCAACCGGUUUCCCCCAGAGCAUAGAGGCCGAUAUGAUUUAGUACACCUCCGGCUCCUAGCCGGUGCCCUCAAAGAAGAAGAUUAUCCUCAGUCAAUGCGUAACAUAUAUGAGCUACUUAAACCAGGCGGCUACCUCCAAUGGGACGACUGCGACACGACGGCAUUCUCUACCGCAGAAUCAUCGCCUGAUCCGUUCAUUCUCCGCAUGCAAGAGACUGUCGCGUCAGCAGCAGUGAACCUGGGGCUGUGUCCGACGGCGCCUGUACUCAUCGAGAAACUAGCCAAUAUGGUCGGCUUUGAGGAUAUAUCCCGGCAGUCGUAUAAUACCAUUGAUAAGCCAUAUUUGCAUGAUUCCGCACGGGCAUGGCUGGUCCUGGUCUUGCGGUCAUUGCUGCCGAAGUCGAUGCUAGGGACUGGAGAGGUGACGGAAGAGAAGGAUGCCGUAGAACGGACCGAGCGGCUGGUGGGGGAAUUGGAGAGUCGCUGCCAGAAUGUUUUGCCGGUGGUGAAUCUGCAUGUUGUUAUUGGAAGGAAGCCUUUAGCGGGUUGA